UCAGCUUCUAUUGCAAGUAAGUUUAUGAGACUUUAUAUUCAGUUGGUCACGAGAAUUAACCAAAGAAGCUAACUGGCCUCGAGUUUACGAUGAUUGCAGACUCACUUCGAAGGUUUGCCCAAGAGAAUUUUAGCGACAAGUACUUACCAGUCCUCCACGGCGAAACAGAGAAUGUCAAGCCUUUGGCACUGGUAGUCAAACAACGUCGGUCGAUAUGGAAGCGUCCUUUUGCAAAGUUGGAAAUGGUAAUUCUUGCAGGACUUGAGAGAUACGUAGACAGCGGCACGCAGGAAGCAUUUCUUGAAUCUGUUAAAUCUAAAAUCACAAAAGAAGAGUUCUUAAAGACACAAAAAGUUGGCAUGGGCUCUAGUUCUCAUGAGCUCCGCGUAGAGAUAGGAGGACAUGUGACCGAGGGAACGUUCAAAUCAAAUGAUGAGCAGGGAGUCCUGCAGCUUGGCAAUUUAAGUCAGAACUACAUUUCAGACCCAGAUCUCCGUGCUGUACUGGCUAAUGCUGACCUGGAUGCCAACAAAAUGAAGGAUUUUGAAGAUCAAGAGCUACUUCUUGCAACGUCUGUGAUUUACAGCGACAAAUUUGUACUCAUAGGGAAAAGAAUGCGUCAGGUAUCAAUUUUGUAUAACAUAUAUUGUGUGACGAAGUGUAAUAUUGUAGCCGACAGCAAAUUUUGCUCCACUUUUUUCUAAUAUAAGAUCUCAUACCUUCUUUA